CGCCUCGUUGCUAUUUUUGUAUUUGGGGAUUCCUCCUUUCCGGUUCACCGAUUACUGUCUUCAUCCCAGGCAGUGGGUGUUUUGUUGUCCUCUUUUGCUGUCCGAAACACCUACGACGCCUUACGGCCAUCUUGACAACCUCCCUUUCCUACUUGGAUCUAUUCCUAAUUGACUCCGGCCCAGCCUCGAGUCGCGUCUGUCCGUUAAUGCCAGAUUGACAUUCGAACCAUGAUUCCAACCGACUAGUUGACCGACCAGGCUUCCAGUCUUGUUCAGUACCUCUCCCGCUUUCACUGCCAUCCGCAUCGUCGCAACCCCGUAUGGUGUCUGUUGUUCUGAUAUUACCCGGAGUCAUCGAGGAUAAAAUACGGAAUAAAAAAUAGGGCAUCGCGAUUUGUUGUCAGUGAAAUACAUAAGUCAUCAUGAGUUCCAGUGGGGGAGAUGCGAAGCUGUUCGCAAGGGGAAAAGUAGCAGAGUUGCGACAAGAGCUUGUUAGCGGAGGCAAAAAGGACAAGAAUCACUCCGCCAAGAAGAUCGCUCUCAAGAAGAUCGUCGCCAACAUGACCAUGAGCAAUAAUGAUAUGGUUGCUCUGUUUCCAGAUGUUAUCGGCUGUAUGAAUCUGCCCAGUCUGGAGAUAAAGAAGAUGUGCUUCUUGUAUUUGGUCAAUUAUUCGAGGAUGAAACCGGACAUUGCGCUCAAGGCACUGCCAAUACUGGUAAAUGAUAUGGAUGAUUCGAACCCACUUGUGCGUGCACUGGCAUUACGAACGAUAUCCUAUAUUCAUGUCCGCGAGUUCGUGGAAGCCACUGUCCAACCAGUAAAGCACUUAAUGGAUGAUGCGGAUCCCUACGUCCGCAAGACGGCAGCAUUCUGCGUGGCAAAGCUAUACGAACAUGACAAGGUCAUGGUGGAAAGGUCUGAUUUGAUCGAUCGGCUUAAUAGGAUGUUGAAGGACGAGAACCCAACAGUGGUUUCCAGUGUUCUAGCAGCAUUAGUAGAUAUCUGGGGCCGGAGCGAAUCGAUAUCUCUUACCAUCGACUACGCAAGCGCAUCGAAACUGGUCUCGAUAUUAGCUGAUUGUUCCGAAUGGGGUCAGACAUAUAUACUUGAAGCCCUAAUGUCGUAUGUCCCGCAAGACUCUGCUGAAGCAUUAUUACUCGCGGAGAGAAUCGCACCUCGCCUUUCACAUUCCAAUGCCGCUGUCGUUCUCACUUCUAUUCGUGUCAUUCUCUACCUCAUGAAUUAUAUUGCCGAUGAAAAGCAGAUCACGUCGUUAUCGAAGAAGCUAUCCCCUCCCCUUGUUACGUUGCUCGCCAAGCCACCUGAAGUGCAAUACUUGGUGCUUCGAAAUGCUAUUCUCAUUUUACAGAAGAGACCGGAUGUUCUGCGGAAUGAUAUCCGAGUCUUCUUCUGUAAUUAUAACGAUCCAAUAUAUGUCAAAGUGACAAAACUUGAAUUGAUAUUUAUGCUUACUACGAAGGAGAACAUAUCCGUGGUCUUGGCAGAAUUGCGGGAGUAUGCCACGGAAAUUGACGUUCACUUCGUUCGCAAGGCUGUCCGAGCUAUUGGGAAGCUCGCAAUUAAGAUCGAAUCCGCUGCGAGGCAAUGCAUCGAUACCCUCCUGGAUCUCGUUAAUGCCAAAAUCCCUUAUAUAGUACAAGAAGCUACUGUGGUGAUCCGCAAUAUCUUCCGCAAAUACCCCAACCAGUACGAAUCCAUUAUUGGACAGGUUAUCCAGAAUAUAGAUGAUCUAGACGAACCAGAGGCGAAAGCAGCGGUUAUCUGGAUCAUCGGCCAGUACGCAGAUCGUAUUGAGAACUCGGACCAGCUCCUUCAGGAUUACCUUCUCACCUUCCACGAUGAGACCAUUGAAGUGCAGUUGGCUUUGCUCACAGCGACAGUCAAACUCUUUAUUCAACGACCGACGAAAGGCCAGGAACUUGUACCCCAAGUUCUCAAGUGGUGCACAGAGGAAACAGACGACCCAGAUCUCCGAGAUAGAGGCUACAUGUACUGGCGGUUAUUAUCGACGGACCCGACUGCGGCAAAAUCAAUUAUUAUGGGCCAGAAGCCCCCUAUAUCAGCCGAAAGCGAGAAAUUAGAUCCAAAGACGCUCGAGGAGUUGUGUUUGAAUAUCGGAACUCUCUCAACCGUAUACCUGAAACCCGUCCAACAAGUGUUCCGUAAUGCGCGGACCAGACGACUUCAACCAAGCCCUGCUUUACAGAAACCUCGUGAUCAGGGGAAUGGCGUUCUCGCUUUCCCUUCUCCUACCCGUAUCGAACAAACAACGAUCACCCCCGCGAACGGCGUACCUAGCCCUAGUGCCGGAAACAUGACUGCAGCGGUUAAUGCGGCGGAUGCUUAUUUUAACGGAGUUGGCAGUCAGCAGAUGGCAGCAAUGAAUCUGGGAGGCCGCGAUGGUGGUGAUGCUGGCGGUGGAGGCAUUGCCCCUUCGCAGUACGUCGUCAGCCAGAACCAACAGCCGGUGUAUCAGGCUGGAGGAGCAGCGACGGGAGAGCUACUGUUGUUUUAAAGUUACUGACCUCUAUACCAUACAUAUUUUUUUCUUUCAUCCUUCUCUUACUUUUUAACCCUUCCUUUUGGUAUCUAGAUUUUGUUAAUCCCCCUUGUAUUGGAUCCAUUGCAUUGUCCUAGCAGCAUUUUUGUUCGUUGUUGUAGGGCAAACUGGAUUUUGAUAUGUAUUGAUAUUGGAAAAUAGCAUAUGUACCUUUCAUUCUACCAACGUUGAAGGUUUUCCCUUUCCG